UUCAGGAAAAUCCAAGAAAGGUGGAGACUUCUGGAUAACUUCCUGCACAUUACACAUACAAUUAUACCACGGAAAUAAUCGGCAGGUCAUCAUUAAAGCAAAGGCGAAUGGCUUUAUUUCGCUAAUAAACUUGGACGUAAGAAAUUGAUCUGCACAAUUACAUACAAGGAGGAGAAUUGUAACCAUUGCUAGCGCCCAGGCUGUUAGCUAACGUCAGCUCUAGGACGGGAGACGGUCCUGCGUCGAAGGACAGUAUGGUUGAGGUGGUAGUGGAGUUUGAAUAUGAAGCCAUGCAUGACGAUGAGCUGACCCUCAGGCUAGGAGAUGUAAUCAAGAACGUGCGACGAAUCGAGGAGGAGGGAUGGAUGGAAGGUGACCUAAACGGAAGAAGAGGCCUGUUUCCGGACAACUUUGUCAAGGAGUUGAAGAAGGAAACAAAAGAUGUGAAGGAUAUGAAGGAGGUGAAGGAAUUAAAGGACACAAGGGAAUCGGAGGCGAGGGAGGACUCCGUAUUAAUGCGCCGUUCAUCGGGGAACGUAGCCAGCCUGGUUCAGAGGAUCAGUACCUUCGGUAUCCCAGCAGGGGGACUGGGGUUCCAGCCACGUACCGCCAAAAAGAGGCUCUGUACAUCUGUUACAGGAGUGAAGAAGCGGCAGUGUAAAGUCCUGUUUGAGUACGUGCCCCAGAAUGAGGAUGAGCUGGAGCUAAAGCCAGGAGACAUCAUCGAGAUCACUGAAGAGGUGGAAGAAGGCUGGUGGAGCGGAACCAUGAACGGGAAGUCUGGUCUCUUUCCGUCCAACUUUGUCAAAGAAAUCGAGACGAGCGAGGAAGGCGAGAGCGGCGAGCUCCUGGAUGAGCCAGAUGGCAAAGAUGAGAUCACCAGCCCGGUUUCCCCAUACCCUGGAAAUGGGGUCAUUGCACAGCCAAAAAAGGUGAGAGGAGUCGGCUUUGGCGAUAUAUUUCGAGAAGGCUCAGUGAAGCUCAAGGUCCGACUGACAUCAGAGAACGAGGAGAAGAAAGAAAAACCACUCCCGUCAUUACCACCUGCUGCUAAACCCACCCAUUCCAGCACACCAGACGCCCAUAAGGUGGAGAAAGAUGGAGAGUGCAAAGGGAAAGUAAAAGAAUAUUGCAGGGCAACCUUCACUUACGAGGCUACAAAUCUGGAUGAGCUGGACAUUAAGGACGGCGACAUCAUCCAGGUAUUGAGUAAGGACACGGGGGAGCCGGGCUGGUGGAGAGGAGAAGUGGGCGGGAAGGAGGGAGUGUUCCCUGACAACUUCGUGGUGCUGAUCUCAGAGACGGACAAAGAGAAACCAAAGAAGCCAGCUCCACCAUCCAAAUCCACAGUCUCCAAGCCAGAAGUCCCAAGCAGUGACAAGAAACCCACACAGACACGGCCCGAAGAUAAAGUGGACAGGGCUGUACCCGAGAAGCCUGCCAAGGCUGCUGCCCCCAUCGUGCCCCCAAAAAAGCCUAUCCCGCCACCGGGCCGAGGGCUGCCCCGCCCAGUCACCGUGAAGCGGCCCGAAAAGCCGCUGACUCCUGCACCGGCAGUGAACAGGCACAAUGGAGAGGUUCUUCAGAUUCGACCAAAGUCGGAAUUGGAACCACCAUUACCCAGCAAACCAAAAACGCUGUCAGGGGACUGGGGUGAGAAGAAUGCAGACACAGAUCUCUUGAGUUUCGAUGAUGUCUCCUCUACCUCGGAGAAACUGUCUCACCCAACUGCAAGCAGACCAAAGAUGCCUGGGCGACGUCUACCAGCCCAUUUCAGCCCAGGCCAGUCGCCGAACAAGGAAGGCACUGAGAAAGCUGUGAAAACAGAAGAGGAGGAAAUGGCCAAACCAAAAUCCUCCGAAACCUGGAGGGCAUCUCCCUCAGUACUACCUUCAGCUACUGCAUAUAAAGCUGCCCCCGACCCCGCUCAUAAUCCCACUUCCAGCCCCACCCCUGAGCCCAAGGCAAAGGCGGAGGCAGAGGUGGAGGAGGAGAGAGGAGUCGACCUGGAGGAGCUCAGGACGCAGAUGAAGGACCUGGUGCUCUCCGUAGAGUUACUGAAGACACAGCAGGCGAGAGAGCUUUCUGAGAUUCGGAAUGAACUAGAGGAGGAGCGGGCCAAGCGCGUGGCACUACAGCUGGAGAUAGAAAAAUGCAAAAAACUGGUACAAUCAACGUGAGGUCGGCUGAUGUCACUGAGAAACCCCUCAUCAUCGUAGAGUCGCUGGUGGACCACUCCGCCCUCCUGUCCCUGCCCGAGGCAGACAUUCCUAUUCUCCUUGUUGUCACUGACCAAUCCCACAAAUUGUAAUAUUUACAUUUGCACAUAAUGAGGUUUUUAAGGUAAAGAAAGGUUUAAUUAAGACAGAUGUAUGUUCUCUCUCUCUCUCCCUCUGUCUGUUUGCCAACAAUGAUUGAGGCCUUAAUGUGUACUACUGUGCUGGAUAUGUGGUCUUCACAUUAAUCUAGAAUUGUGCAAGAAUUUGUGAUUUAAUACUACUGAAGCUGUAUAAAGUGAUGGACAGAAUUAUUUUGUUUUUCUUAUUUUUAUGACAUGGGGUAGUUUUUUAAGAUAUGAUUACAGCAAUAAUCUAUCCGCAUUAGCCUCUUUAGAUGAACGUGGGAUAUGAUGUACUUCUGUCGCUAUAGUUGUAGUGUAUUCUGUUGCUACAGUUGUAAUGUAUUCUGUUGCUAUGUGAAAAGGGAGAUUCGGGCCUUUCGUUGUUCUUUAACAUUCCUAUCCAGGGAGACACUAUUGUGCCUGUUUUACAAGCGUUAAUACUGGGAGCUCUCAUUUAUAUGCU